UCUAGGCUCAGGUCAAUAUAAUUACUAUUGCCUAUAGUAGACGGGACACUUUUGUGGUGGUCGGUGUGCAUCUAUUACUCUUAAAAUCAUGUUUUUAAUCAUUUUGCUUUUGAUGGGUGUGUCUGGCAUUACUUCGCCAGUGCAAUCAGCUCCGGGUUUGUUAGAUGAGUUGUUUACUUUAGUUGAAGACGUAUAUGACUAUGCAUUCAGUGAGACAGAGGAAUCAUCCUCACCUGAUAUUGUUGAUGAGACCAUUGACUGGAUUUUUGACUUUUUUGAUGAACAAGAUGCAUGUGACCCAAAUCCCUGUGAGAAUAAUGGUGUAUGUGAAGCCACCGAAAGCGGGGGCUUUACUUGCACGUGUCCAGAGCCUUAUAUUGGCAAAAAAUGUCAGGAUGAGAGGAAUGUGUGUAAGAAGGUAAAGUGUUAUAACGGUUUAUGUGUCAGAACCCAACAAAAGCCAUUCUACGAAUGCAAGUGCCGGCCACCUUACAAGGCCCCUAAUUGCAAGAAAGCUUCUGCUUGCAACCCGAGUCCGUGCCUGAAUGGAGGAACGUGUGUUAGAGGACGUACAAGAUCCGACUUCGCAUGUGAAUGUCCUGGAAACUACACUGGGAGAUUCUGCCAAAAUGAUCCAAAUGAUUGCUAUGAGGGAAAUGGCCAAUCAUACAGGGGGUUUGCCAGCAACACAGUAGAUGAUCUAGAAUGUUUACCCUGGAACUACCAUAAGAUUCCCAUAACAGCGCUUGAAGAUAAAGAUGGCAUUGGACCCCACAACUACUGCAGAAAUCCGGAUGGAGAACGAGAACCCUGGUGUUUUGUCAAACAGAAAGGCAAGCUCCGUUGGGACUACUGUAAUGUCAAUCCUUGCCUUAAAGAAGUUCCAGAAAAACCUACAGUGGCCCCCGCAAAGCUGGAAUUUUCUGGCUGUGGAAAGAAAAGCCAGACCAAUAUGAUUUCCCCAAGGAUAUUUGGUGGGAGAAAGUCCCUACCCAAUGCUCAUCCCUGGCAGGCUUCACUUCAGUUUCGACCCAAAGGUUCUAAUGACACCUUCAGACAUGGUUGUGGAGGAACCCUCAUUGACUCCUGCUGGAUCGUUACUGCAGCUCACUGCAUUGAUGAGACUGAAGAGAUGCGGGUGGAGCUGGGUGGUACUAACCUUGAGAAAGCUGACCGUGCAAAGCAGUUUCUGGAAGUGGAGAAAGACUUUGUUCAUGAGAAUUAUACACUGACAAAUGAAUACCUGUUAAAUGAUAUAGCUUUGCUGAAACUAAAGGGAGUAAAUGGACUGUGUGCUCAAGAGACCGAAUCUGUUAGAGCAGCGUGUCUUACCAGGGAUUCAUUCCCAGAUCAAACACAGUGCACCAUAUCAGGCUAUGGAGUCACAGAGAAAGAUGAAGACUCGGUCUCUCCUCAGCUGCUGGAUGCCAAAGUUCUCCUGAUCCCUCAGAGGCGAUGUAUGUCCCAGCUAGCUUAUGGGAACAGAAUGGAUGAUACCAUGAUGUGUGCUGGGUAUAUGCAGGGAAAAAUUGACUCUUGUCAGGGUGAUUCUGGUGGUCCACUGGUUUGUCAGAAGGAUGAAAAACAUUAUUUACAUGGUAUAGUGAGUUGGGGUGACAGCUGUGGAAAGAAGAACAAGCCGGGGAUCUACGUUCGUGUCAACCAGUUUAUUGACUGGCUCAAUAUUAAAAUACGUUCAUCUUAGGUUUGUGCUUCAUGAAAUCUGAGUUUAAUUGUUUGGGGUAAUUGAAGAAUAUUUACAUAAAAAUCAUGUAUAGAUAUAUUCACGGCCUGUAAUUAAGUUAUUUAAUUGCAUCUGCCAAUAAACAGCUUAACAAAA